AUGCAGUAUAAGCAAGUAGUUCUUUGGAUGGAUGAACUGAGGUCACGCUUCCAAUUUUAUCCUGAAACAUUCGGCUUGGCUGCUAGUUUUCUCAAUCGCAUCUUGGCAUUUGUAAGGGUACAGAUGAAGUAUCUUCGAUGUAUUGCCAUCACAUGCUUAUAUAUUGCAGCUAAAACCAAUGAGGAGGAUGAGAUAAUCCCAUCAUUGAAGAAUCUUGCAGUGCAAAGUGACUGCCUAUACUCAUCUGCUGAAAUUCUAAGGAUGGAAAGGAUCAUACUGGAUAAACUGCAAUGGGAUUUGUACACAGCCACACCAGUUGACUUCCUGAACAUUUUCCAUGCCAUGGUGAUGUUCAGCUGGCCUCAUCUCUUUGGCAGCUUCUCUCAAAUGAAUCCUUCUCGCCACGUGGCACUCUUAACCAGGCAACUACAGCACUGCAUGGCAUGCCACCAGUUACUGCAGUUUAGGGGUUCCACGCUGGCCUUGGCAAUUAUCACCUUGGAGUUGGAAAGGAUGGCAGCUGACUGGUUCCCUGUUAUGACUGACCUGAUGAAGAAAACACAAGUAAUCAAAACACAUUUAAAAUAUAUAUUUAUUUAUUUUUCGGUUUGUUGGUUUUCACUUGCUUCAUGUUCUCAGAUGAUUUCCUGGCCUAAGAGGUGUAAUUUGGACCUGUAG